AUGACAGGUUUUCCCGUGGCUGCAACUUGUUACGUGUUAGGCAUUGCCAACCUGACACUCAUACAAACUAGCAUCUUCACUCAGUACGCAUUGCUUAGAAUUGUCCCCCACCUCAGCUCUCACGCAUUCCCUGAUAAUCAGUCGCGACAAAUCUUGACCGCAGAAGGGUUGUACAACUCAACGCCCAUGAUCGGCUCAGAUUGUGGGGGGCAAACUCGUGCAUCUCAUCGCUGUCAUAGAUUACAAGCAGGACAUCAACGUUUCAAGUCGAGAUCGACGACAGUCACGACACCCAAUGGCCCGACAGUUCAACGUGCUGAGAUGUUGCCAGGAACGCCCUCCUCACUGCUCAAGAUCGACCCAAUUUUAUCCGAGGGUUUCUCACCGCCUGCUUCAAAUCCAUUGCCCAGCACUACGUAG